UCCCAACCUGUUGUAUAUCUUAACUUUCUUUCUUUCUUUUUCCGCUCGGUCGCCUUUCAUUCCACUACUUCUUCUCUCGUUUAUACCCCAAACCACUCUCGUUCGCUAUCUCGGCUCCCUGGUCAACCAAACUAUCCCCCUCGAGCAUGGCCUAGGACACCUUCGUCCCUUCCCCGAUGAGCACGUCGAGCAUCUAAUAGUAGUUUCAGCUCCGCUCCGUCCUUCGUUAUUCAUAUGUCCUUCGCUUCCGCAUUUUUUUAACUUUAAUUUCUAAUCGGGAUGGCGAAAAUUCUCGACGUCUCACCCGUCGGGUGGAUUUACAUGAGAGAGUACUGGUGGCAGUUUGUUUUGAUCGCCAUCUUGCUGGCAAGUGUGGUCUGCGGAUGUUCCUAUUUCACCUACUCUGGCACCCGUAGAGCUAUCCGAUGGUAUAAGUCGAGACCCCGGGUGGAGACCAUUCCUGUCACUGUUCUCCAACGCCUGGACAAGCUGGCAACCCAACAGCUGGCCUUGGCAACCCAUCGCACGAAACAGAAGCCUUCAUCGGUGGGCGUCUACCUAGGCUCCCUUAGUACUCCGUCAGAUGCUACCCACCGUCAGCUUCUCGACAGCUAUGACCUCUUGAUCGUGGAUCCGUCCAAGUCAGGGGUCGUCCAGGCCAUCUCGCAUGCCAAUGGGAAGCAGUUCAUGGGCCGAGUUGAUCUCGCCCUCGUCCCCGCCCAAGACUCAACUCUCGCCGCUAUCGAAAAGAUCGACAGCUUCCUGGCUGGAAGCUUCCAUGGCGCCGCGUUCUGUGGCAUUUUGCUUGCGAACUGGGAGGACAAAUUCACGCCAACCGUCCUGGUGAAGCUGGCCGAGGCCAUUCAUGGUCUCGGUCUCGCCGUGUAUCUGGAAACAGCACCCCCCACAUUCCUCACGGAUGGCCAAAUCUUGCAAAGUCCCGCCAUCUCCGGUCUCGUCAUUCGCAAUGCUAGCAUCCUCCCUGACGGCCAGAAACGCGACUAUUUCCAGUUAAACGACUUGCGACCAACGAUCAAGGCUUUUGUGUCGGAGGCUUGCAUGAGAGAAUUCUCCGUGAUCGCCUGGGAGACCGUCGACGAUGAUGCUUAUCUUUCCAACGCCGUCGUGCAGCGGUCCAUGGGAUGGUGUAAUUUCUACAGUGCCAUUCCGUGGAUUGGUCGUCAGUCUGCCCUCGAGAACGCCGCCCUGAAUGUCAAAACGCCCGAGCCUCUGUCCUCGUUUGGAUGGCUGAAGGAUGCGGAAAUCAUGAAGGUCCACGAUCGCUGGCGCACCAACCUCCACAUCGCCCGUGAUUCCGACACCAAAGACUCCUGGGACGCCCUGAUGCCCUUUUUUCCCUCGCUGGAGAACGUGCUUACAUCGUCCGAGUACCCUUCCAGGUCCAACCGCACGCCGACCACCACCCUUCGGGAGCCUCCAGAAUGGGUCGCCCAAGUCAAGUCACAAGGAAGUCCCCUGUCGAUCUCCAUGGCCAGUGUCGAAUACAAAGAGCUGGGUUGUUUCCCUCUUGGCUCCGAGGCAACACCAGCUGCUUUCGCCGAAAUCGUUCAAUCCCAGCUGCGACUGAAGUCGCUUAGUCUGCUGCACCCGGUCCCGGUGUCUAAGCUCCAAAGUAUCGGUCUGCUCCUCCGCCAAUUCCAUGACAACCUCGCUCUCUCUAGCUGGAUUCCCUCCGACCAACUGGCUGCUUCGAUCAAGGAAUUGUCGAAUAUAGCGUCCAACGACAUGCUGAACGUAUACCUAGGUCUGGAUUCCGGACUCCGCAAGAGUACUGACGUUCGCUUCUGGGCCGUAUAUCAGAUGGAUACGGAUGGAUUCGAUAUCUUCGCCUCGAAAAAUGCCCAGGGUCUGGUAGGUACCGUACUGCACACCUUCCUGUCCGCCAAAGGCUAUCCACGCCACGUUUGUUUCGAGGCGGAAACCGCGUUGGCGAGAUGGUCCAAAGAUUUCAACGAGGACAUCGGGCUUUCUCGCCGGGUGGUUCAAGAUAUCGAUGUCCUGAGCCCGGAGGAACGGCUUCUGCUACUGCAGCACUUGUCGUUGACCGAUGCCAAGAGCGAGCUGUCUGAAACCAUCUGCGCAUACCUCCGACGACAGCUUGUCGAUGCACCUACUCUUGCCCAGCUCAAGAACCUCAAUACAGUUUCCUAUCUCGAGGGAUCGACUUCACCCGCGCAGUUGAUUGAAACGCGGAUUAAUUGGUACAAGGAGCAAGGCUGUCAAUAUCCUUCCGCUGCCUCCUGUCUCGCGCUGUUCAACGAGGCCGAAUCCGUCUUUACCGAGGUACUACGAGAACGGAAAGAGGAUGAUCUAGCUCGGAUUUCCAGCGGCCUGUGCGAGCUGAUUCAGGACGGCCCCGUCGAUACCUACACUGACAUGAUGCUUCUUUCGUUGUUCUGUGCUGCGCGGAAAGGUGCUCUCGAUGAGAUCUAUGCCGAAGUAACCGAUCGGAAUCCGCUGUUUAACAGCCAGUCCGACCAAGCUGCUGCUUUUGCCGAAUCGUUUGCCCUCGGAUCCCGCUGCGAGGCUUAUUUCGAUAUCCUGCCCAGCGCCUUCGGAAAGCUACUGUCGGAUCGGUUCCGUAAAAGCUACACCGAUGAGCAGCUUCCCAACUGGAUCAACGGAGCGCCCGACAUGGCCACCUCGUAUGCCGGCGCGCAAAUCGACGUCAAUCCCGCCCACAAGGUCAAGCCCAUGCGUGGUUAUCAGCGGUUCACCUUUCUCAGUGUUUUUGCUUUCCCCGCUCUGAUUGAUAUCAUCAUGCUUACGAUCAUUGGUCGUGGACUCUAUCUCUCCGCCUUCAUGACAUAUGACGAGCAGCAGAGUGCGACGAUUGCCCUGAUGAUUUCGCUCUUGCUGUCGGGUGCUAUUGGCACGUGGAUCGCCUGUGGCGGACCGUACUAUCUCAUUUCAAUGGCCUUCGCAGCUGCCAACAUGUUUGUCCUGAUCCGACUGAUUGCUGGUAUCGCCUUCACAGUAGCUGGUGGACUCAUCGGUUUCAUCUGCAUCUCGGCCGUGGACGGCCCGCGCAGUGGAAUCAUCUUUUACCUCUACCUCAUUGCGCUGACAAUCUACUUUUCGGCCUUUGCCUCCCUGGCGAGUUUCAGUUACCCUGGUUCGACCUUCUUGUCGGGACGCAAGAUCAUCUUCGCGUGUGUCCCGAUCUUGUUCAUCUCGCCAAUCGUCACCACGUUCGCUGGCCAUGACUCGGCGAUCUACCUGGCUGUCAUCUACGUCUUCAUCAUUGCCCUACUCUUUGGCCUGCGAUCCGUUGCCUCCAAAUGGGUCACUUGGUAUCAGAGCAUACGCCGGACGGAUGAUACAGAGAUUCGAAAGUGGUAUGUCGCGACUUACGGCAACAAUGACGAGAAGGUCUUUGGCAACUUGAGCGACCCGGCCGUCUUGAAAUUAUCUCGAGAAGCGCUGCUGAAGGAUGUCAUGGCGGAGACACAACGCUGGUUCUUCCGCAAGCCCACCACUGACAAGCUAGUUUUGGAGCUAGCCAAGGAUUGGGAUGCCACCAACUUCCUCCUGGAUUGGUACUGCAGAUAUGCCGAUGUACCCAGACCGAUUCCUUUCAGCUCCUCCUGGAAUAUCCAAACCAAGGUCGGACUGGAUGUGCUUCGGAACUCCCAGAAGGGCAUCAGACUUCACAACGCUUUCAUCCAGUGGCGACAGUCAAGUCGAGAAAUCGGAUGUGGUGUGUUGUACUUUAUUCUGGCCCUGCUUGACAAGUGGGUGGAGCUUCUCACCGGCGGUCAUCUAGUCGGUCUGUCUGCUUCAGUCACCAGCUCGCAGCGCAUGGCGGUGGGAUUCGGACUGGCAUAUUACUUGAUCGGCGCUGUCCUCAUCGACACCAAGGCCCAAGAACUGCACGAUCUCAUCGGAAAGCAAACAUCUGUUGCAGUUCACAAGGCCAAGGAUAUCCGCCUGGUACAGAAGCGGGACGUGAGAUACAAGAGAAAGGUGUACUGGAGAACCUUUUUCAAAUUCCUCAUGUGGCACGUAUGGAGUCUGGCCUUGUCUACCGCCCUCCUGUGGACCUUCCAGAACACCAUGGAGGCCAUGAUCAUCUACUGUUCUUAUAUCCUGGCGUACACCGGCCUACUUUGGUACCAAUACACGAAGAUCUUCACUGGCCCUCAUGCCUUCAAGACCCUCCUUAUCGGAUGUCUCGUGGGCUUGCCGGUUGGUAUCGCCCUCAAGGUCCGUCUGCCGCACUUCUUGUAUUCGGAAGUCAUUGGUCUCGGGUCCGCCACCUGGACCGUCGCUAUUCUCACGCUAUUCUCUGCCAAGAUGGGCAUGCCGAAGAAUGUGGCUUCUCCCGUGGAGCUUGGAAAGGUGUUCCACGCAUACACGGCUCCAUGGGCCGAUCCCGAAUGGUCUCAGCAGGAGCUGCAAACUUUCUACGAGAAGAUUUCGCUUGUUCCGUCUGACGCACGCUUGAACCUGACCCCGCAAGCCCAUCCUGGUGUGGAAGUCAAGGAGAUCCUGCUUUCACGCAGAAGGGAACCAAGAAUAGAAGAAGCAUUCCCGAAAUCCGAAGACCUAGUGAAUCUAGCCUUGGGAGCCUGGGCUAAAGGAGAAAUUUCUUUGGAGCUUGUCCCCAUCGGAUCGCUUGGUCCUGGUGUUCACGCCCUCAGCUGCAGUACAACCGGCCAGCUACACAUCGCCAUCUGUGUAGGCCGCGGAUUGGAUCAACGGAUCGACGUUAGCGCGAACUGCCAAGUCAUUGCCGAGACUCUUCUCCAUGCAGUUGCAGAAUCCAUGCUCCGAAUGCCUCACGAAUAUGCGGUGCUUGCCGAGUCGCUCGUCACGGCCGGUGUGACUGAAACCAUGGCCCGACAACUCCGUGCAGAGUCCAACACAGCUGGUGUCAUCCGCUGGGCUAAGACAGAGCUCCUGCAGCAACUGUGCCUCGGCUUCGAAUGCGAUGCCCAUUGGGAAAAACUGCCCAAAGAUAUCAGAACCGCCUUGAUCAACCGUUGCCUGGGCCAGCCAUGCGAGCUUUCUGAAGCUAGCCGGAAAUGGCUCGAAGAAAGUCUUUGCCGGUUUGACACUGAUGUUCUUGACGUGCAUGUUGCCCGAAGCAAUCUGGGAGCUGCCAGUGCUGUCAGCAUCCUUGAUUAUGCGCACUACGGUACCGGCGAAGCUGCCGUUUUUCGAGACCCGGAGACCCCGGAGCACAUCCCAUACGUCCCACGGAAGCUUCCUGCCAUCAUGCAGGUCCUCGUGAAGCCUUGGAACUCUUUGUACUAUGCACUCGCUUCGAUCAUCAAGUUCAUUGUUGUCGCCCUGGUCGCGGACCCCGAGUUUCAGCGGGAAUUCAAUCAUGUCAUUCGCCAGCAUCAUACGAUCAUCCGUGUACCAGCUACCCUGGCGUUGAGCUUGCUCUGGUCCUAUUCUAGAAUCAUGCAGAACCUCGGUCUGUCCUUCUUCUUAUUCCAUGGUCGUGACAAUGUGAAGCAGCUCUGGAACGAGACCAAAGGAAUGACUAUCAGCAUCAAGAAGAGCCGAUUCAUCAUCCAGAGUCUGGACGGCACAUUCACUGCCUUCAAGCACGAUGAACCAGAUGGAGGCUUCAAGGUCUAUUAUUAUGCUGGACAGCAUAAAGUAGAGCCUGAGGGCACAAAGAGCCUGAGUUACGUCUGCGUGUACUCCAAGGAUGUGCUGCUUUUGGUCCGCCAGGAAUUCAAGGCUGGAAAGCUACUCAACGAAUAUCACUACGACUACCGUGCCCCAACUAAAAAGACCUUCGGCUUGUCCAAGUCCUCGCAGGCGAAGAUUCCCAUGGGCCGGCGUUGUGUACGUGGCGACAACCACCUGCAGAGCGUGCAGUACAACCGGAAAGGACUAAUCGAGGCCGGAUCCUUUAUGAAGGAUGGGAACCUCAUCCGCUUCAAGUACCACUAUCGCAAAAAUCCCCGCUUUGGAGACGAAUUGCUUCGCGCUGAAUUUGCGCUCUCGCAUAUCACUUGUACCGUCUCGUGGUGCGCGCCUCCUCUUCGCCAUCCUGAGAAGGUAGACCGGUGGAUCCCUCAUUCCAAGGUCACGGAAGCGACGUUUGUUCAGGGUGCCGAUGUCUACGAAGCUCGUUGGCUCUACGAUCACAAGUUCCAUCCCACCAUCUUCACCACCCUCAAUGGACAAAAGGUACAGACGCCGCCCAUGAUUGAACACGACUACCUCGCAGUGCUCGCCAAGCCCAAGUACACCAGCUUUGUGCAUGACAAUCCUCUCGUGUAUUGCGACAGCCUCAACUCCAGCGUCUUCACCCGGUUCUUUGGACUCACCAAGAAGCGCUUCCCUGUGUCGACUUCACGAGCUCGGUCAUUAAUUUGGAAGGCGUGGAAGGAUCGUGUUGACUUUGACGGUGUCAUUGUCCGCUGGAUGGAUGAACGCCUGUUGCGGAGAGACAAGACUCUCGCUCCUUACUGGCGUAGCCGGGAUUGCGGUGAUCUUGCAUCAGCCAAGAAAUACCUGGAUAUUCGCGCAGACACCGUCACGGCCAGUGCCGAUCUGGAUGACAACAUCUCUAGCUGGACUCCUCUUGCUGUCAAGAUCAGUGAUCUGUUCAAUUUCGGACCUGGCGGUGACGCGGUAGUCAACACCAGAUCCAAGGACUUUGGCGCCGAUACAGAAAAGUCUUUGCAUGUUAUGGCUGCUGAUAACGGUACCUGGCCAAAUGAAGGUGGCGGUGUUUCUGCAUGCCGACGUGAUAUGAUCAAUUCCCUCAGGACCAUCAAGUGGCACAUGAUUUGCGAGUCAGCCAAUGACUUUGGUAUUCCCAAGCACCAGACAGAGCAGAACAUCCUGUCAUUGAAGGUGGUUCCUCUCUGGGGUCUUGACUUCCUCACUCCCACACACGGUCUGUUUACAAACAAGCUCGACUCGGAGGUAGAGAACGUUACUUCUGCCAGCGAGAUGGACAUCAAGAUGAACUUUAUCCCGAUCCUAACCGCCUUGGUCAAGGGCGCUCGUGCUGUCCAUCUCUCCAAGGCUGAUAUUCAGCAGGCAACUCGCGCACUGGUAAACCUCAAUACUUACUUCCAAGAUUCGCGGCACUGGACCCAAGUUUGGGACAGCGAGAUUGUCAAGGAAAGCUGGCGAGACCUUUGGCUCAGUCAAGAAAUGGCCAAUGCAGUCCCCUCAUCCGAGUGGUUCCACACUGAGCUUCCCACGCUGGCGUCUCUCGACAUUGCCUUGGAGCUCUGGUAUCGCUAUCUGUUCAUCUUCUCCAUCCCGAUCCCUGAGAAGAUCCCCAACGUGUUCCAGGCUUCGCACCACAGUGUGAGUGCCUCUUAUGGCGUUGUCUGCAAGAUGAAGAGAAACUGCACGCUCCAGAUUUGGGACCAUGCUAUCAGUUGGCGUGAAACGAACCUCUGCCUGUCUUCUGCACUUUGCAAGCUUUCUCCCUUCGUCCGCAAUACUCUGCUAGGAUUGAUGCGAGUCACCUCUGUCCUGACUUUGCAUCAUGCCGAUAUCAUUCUGCCCUGUGCUGAUUUCUUCAACCCGGGCUGGGAAGUGGAGAUUGGUACCUGCCAAGGCACCAUCGAGCACCGCAACGUUUUCCGUCGCAAGGUCGACCCUGUCGUCAACGGUAUCACUGAUAUGCAGAAGUUUGCCCCCGUCAAGGAGAUCAAGUCGGAGCGCCCAACGGUCACCAUGUUGUCCCAUGUCUGGUAUGCCAAGGACAUCAAGAUUGCGCUUCUUGCCGCCGACAUCAUCAUCAACCAGUGGAAGUUCGAUGAUUACCAUCUUGACAUUUAUGGAGCCAUUGACAAGGCGCCUACGUACUCUACUGAAUGCCAGGAAAUCAUUGCUUCCAAGGGUCUCCGUGGCAAGGUCACCCUCCGUGGCACUGCAGACCCAAUGAAGGUGUUGGAAAAUACCUGGUUGUUCCUGAACUCGUCUCUAUCCGAAGGUCUUCCGUUGGCGCUUGGAGAAGCUGCUCUGACCGGUGCUCCUGUUGUCUGCACCGAUGUCGGUGCAUCCCUUCGAGUGCUGAGCGACCCCGACGACUUCUCUCGCUUCAGUGCUGUGGUUGCACCCAACGAUGCCCUGGCUCUCGCGAGGGCACAAAUCACGAUGCUCGGUCUCCUUGGUGAAUGGAGCAAGUACGCCGAAGAUACCGAGGCACCGCCAGUGCUUACCUCCUCCCCUACCCCUGAGGAUGUCGCCAAGAUCACCCGCCGCAUGUACGAAAAGAGCGAGCACCGUCGCAAGCUGGGAAUGAUGACCCGCAAUAUCGUGCAAAAGUCCUUCAGUGGUGAUCGAUACCUCCGCGAGCACGAACAAAUGCUCUGGAUUGGCAAGUCAGCCAGAACCAUGGCAAGCCGCCCGAACGGCAACCUUAAUGAGCCCCUGGAUGUUGCCACAGCCCUGCAGCAGACCCUGCCAAUCGACGAAGAAGUCAUCACGAUUCCUCGGAGCGCUGUCAACUCUUGGCGGUCGUCGGCUGGAUCAGGCAUGUCGACCUUGUACAGCUCCGUCUCCAACUUCCCCAUGCUCAACUCCCACCAACGCCCAUCGUCCAUUCGGUCGAGCGUGAGCAACGCCUCGACAGACGCCAGUUCUUUCAUGCCUCUUCCCAGCAGUGCUUCUCUGCCCGUCUUCGCACCCCGCCAAACCCUCUCCUUCUCUGGUAUGCCAGGAAGCAAAUCACCAACCGGCCAUUUGUCUCCUUCUGGUCGCCUCUCUCCUGUGCUUAGCCGUACUGGGCGUCACUCGCGCACUCACUCGCUCUCCACCGCAGGUCGGGAGCAGCUGCGCGGCUUACAACGCGAGGAUCUGCACCAGUACCGCAACUCGGAUGUCAGCAUGAUCAUGCGCGAGGAAUUCCUCCAGUCCAGCAUCUUCCGGGGAAUUGAAGGUGGCAACAAUGUUUGAUCCUGUUUCCCCUGAAAAUAUACCCAUAUCGUUAUUGUUGCAUGAUUUCUGUUUAUACUCAUCUCCGUUGAGAUGUCAUCACUCCUUGUACAUACACCUCGUGUGCCACUCCUUUGCAUAUGGGAUGCCUGUUUAUACUAUUCCCGUCGAUUGUACAGAUGAUUGGCUCGGGCCAUUGGUCCAUCGCUAGAUUUCCAUGUGAUUCUGCAUAGACCUACAGGAUGGUGUUAUCAAAAUGAUUACUUAAUGCAUUGACUACUUGCUAUACCCACUUGAGUAGACUAAAUACAACCGUCAUCACCUACCAUGCAGUAAACAGUACUACCUAGAACA